ACAGCAUCCUACCCGAGCAGUACCCGUAGCAAAUACCGAUGACUUCAUAUACCGAAACCUACCUACAAGGCACCAUGUCCUAAGAAAGGUUGCGGACUGUCGCCACUGUGGGGCGUUGCGGUUUCCAUUCGAGGGGCCAGCAUUUUGUUGCAGAAAAGGAAAAGUCGAUUUGUUUACUCCAGAUGUUCCAGAAGAGUUGAAACGGUUGUUUACAAGUCAAGAUGAUGAGGAUGCUAAGUACUUCAGAGAACAUAUACGGUAUUUCAACUCGCACUUCUCAUUCACAAGUCUAGGCGUCACCCUUGAUCGUCGAGUAAGCACUGCGGCAGGAACUGGCAUAUAUACAUUCCGUGCAUGUGGUGGGCUGUACCAUGCUCUUGACAAUCUGGUGCCGGCUAAUAAUGGCCCUCGACAUUUGCAACUCUAUAUUUAUGAUACAGAUCAAAACUUGGUACACAGGGCUAAUAGGUCUCCAGAUCUUAAUAUAGACCUCAUACGGAAGAUUCAGAAUACUACAGCAUAACCCUUAUGCGCAAGUUUUGAAGAGCCUAGGGUCUAUUCCGAAUCUACAUGAGUAUAGAAUCUCACUAAACACGGAUAUCAAGUUAGAUCAGCGAAGGUACAAUGGCCCUACGACUUCCCAAGUGGCAGCCAUAUGGGUUGAAGGGAGUGACCCACAAAAUUGCUUUGACAGGAGUGUUGUUGUGCAUGGAAAAACAGGAAACCGACCACUGUAUAUUAGAGAAUACUAUGGGUGCUAUGACCCAUUGUCAUAUCCACUGUUUUUCCCACGUGGAGAGACUGGCUGGAAUCGUUGCAUGCCAUAUAUUCGGCCACAAGAUGACACGAACCAAAAUUCAAUACAUACUCCUGCAUUGCAAGGAAACCAAGCCUCUGUCGAACAUAUAGGUAUGAUGUUCACUUUUAUUUUAUAUACAAGCUAUUUGUGAAGGAUGAUGACAGCUUUUAUGUAUCAGUUGAAGACUUGAUUAAAGAAAGAGAAGAAGAUGGUAAUUUGGCACUGCAUGAAGCCGGUAAUCAUGCACCACAAGGAAACCAAGCCCCUGAAUUAUAUACAUGUAUGAUGUGAACUAUUAAUUUAUAUACUUUCUGUUUUCCACAAUGAUGCUCAAAACUUGUGUUUUCAUAUACAUCUGUCAUAUCUAUCAGAUGGGAACUUCAUUAGAGAAAUAGAACAAGAUGGGAAUUUUACAGCGCAUGACGCCCAUGGCACUGAUUUACCUUCGGGUAUUAUUCACUUAUUCUUCAAUUAUUAUGUUGUCGAUCAUUAUGAAUAUUGUUGAUGACUACAAGUCCACCCACCAUAUUGAUAUUGAUCUCAAACUUGUAGAUGACAAUGAGGAUAACCCAGAUGACGAAUUUGGUGACAAUGAGGUCAAUGCAAAACAAUCCAGAAAAUUUGUUAGUACUAGGGAGUACUACUGCUUCAAGCUGCAAGUCAGGAGGAAGCUUUUUAACAUCAUCUUGUUCGGUCAUCGCCUUUUCCAACAGUGGGCUGUUGACAUGUAUAUCAAGAUUGAAACUAUGCGGCUUGAUUGGUACUCAAAGCCGGAAAAUCAAAAGGUUAUACGCGCUGACCUCUACCAGGUAGUGUUCUUGUGUUUAUUUUAAUACAGCAUAAUGCAAUGACAUUAUGGACGUUCCAAGAAUUUGUAUAAUGUUCUAUGCUAUUAUAGGGUCUUGUUGACACCGUCGUUGUCGGCGAGUCACGCGGAGAUCGAAUUGGGAAAAGAAUUGUGCUUCCACGUACAUUUCCUGGUGGUGAUCGCGACAUGCAACGGAGGUUCUUGGAUGCUAUGGCAAUAGUGCAGCGGUGGGGUAAACCGGAUUAUUUUAUCACGAUGACGUGCAACCCAUAUUGGGAGGAGAUAACCGAUAAGUUGUUGCCUGGACAGCUGCCGCAGGACCGUCCAGACCUGGUGGCAAGAGUAUACAAGGCUAAACAGUGAGAUAUGAUGGACUUACUAACUAAGGGUAAGCAUUUCGGAGAAGUCGCAGCCUAUGUACAUGUAACUGAGUUCCAAAAGCGAGGUCUCCCGCAUGAGCAUAUACUUCUAAUCAUGAAAGUAAAAAGCAAGUUAUCGACACCAGAUGACUAUGAUCGAGUGAUAUGUGCAGAGAUACCGGACAAAGAGAAACACCCCGUUCUACAUGAACUGGUCGUCAAACACAUGCUGCAUGGACCAUGUGGUGAGUUGAAAAAAAAUUGCCCUUGCAUGAUUGAUGGUCAGUGUCGGUUUCAUUACCCGCGAGAUUUUUGUGAUGCCACACAACAAGGGAAAGACUCAUAUCCCAUCUAUAGGCGGAGGGACGAUGGGCGUCGAAUUAGGAUCAGAGGAGCAGAUUUGGACAAUAGGUGGGUGGUCCCUUACAACCCUUCACUACUUACGCGAUACAACUGCCAUAUUAAUGUGGAAGCAUGCUCGAGCAUCAAGGCAGUCAAGUACUUGUUCAAGUACAUCUACAAAGGUCAUGAUCGUACAUCCUUUGCAUUCGAGCAGGAUAUCAUCAAUGAUGGUGGAAUCAUCAAUGAAAUCCGACAAUAUAGGGAUGCACGAUACGUAUCUCCUUCAGAGGCUAUUUACAGGAUUUUUGGUUUUAAAAUGUUUGGUGUCAGUCCAUCUGUGCUACAACUCCAGCUUCAUUUGCCAAAUAUGCAUACAGUUGCAUUUAAAGCAUGUGAGAAUCUUGCAGAUGUUGUAGCUCGACCAUCUUCUUCAAAGUCCAUGCUUACAGAAUACUUUGAGAUGAACCGGAAGUUUCCAACUGCACGAAAAUGGUUGUACAGAGAGUUUCCAGAACAUUAUAGAUGGAUACCUGGAAAUAAGAAGUGGCAGAAUAGAAGAAAUAAGAGAUCACAGAUUGGAAGACUUGUGCAUGCACACCCUGCUGAAGGAGAGAGGUAUUACUUGCGUGUGCUCCCAAGUCAUGUCUGAGGUGCCACUUCAUUCGAUGAUUUAAAAACAGUAAAUGGCAAGCCAUGCAGUUCCUUCAGGGAGGCAUGUGAGCACUUAGGCCUUAUUGAGCACGACAGGACUCUUGAUGAUUGCAUGACGGAGGCAGCCACAUUUCAGAUGCCUUCUGCCCUAAGACGGUUAUUUGCAACUAUACUGGUGUUUUGCGAGGCAACAGAAAUCCGGCAGCUGUGGGACAAACACCUGGCAUCAAUGUCUGAGGAUUACCGGCGUAAUCAAUCCAAUGAGGCAACACUUGAGCAGAUGGUCCUCAGAGAUAUCAGGGAUAUGUUGCAAUCCAUGGGAAAAGAUAUUACAAGCUAUGGACUUUCGGAUUUGGUUGAGAACGAUGGUUCUUCUGACGGUGAGUACAAAGAGGUAACAGAGGAGAGGCAAGUCAGCGUGGACAAAGAACACCUAGAUUUAUUUAGUAGUUUGAACAAUGAACAGCUGGCUGGUUUCAAUGAAAUAAUGGAUCAUGUGAUGGAACACAAAAGCCAGAUAUUCCUUGUUGAUGGUCCAGGAGGCACCGGCAAGACAUACUUGUACAAGGCAUUGCUUGCAAAGGUGCGUUCGAUGGGCCAGAUAGCGAUUGCAACUGCUACAUCAGGUAUAGCGGCGUCAAUAAUGCCCGGAGGACGGACUGCGCACUCCAGGUUCAAAAUUCCAAUCAAGCUCACUGACAACAGCAUGUGUAGUUUCACAAAGCAGAGUGGUACAACGGAGUUGCUUAAACAAGCCUCCUUGAUAAUUUGGGACGAGGUCGCUAUGACAAAACGUCAAGCAGUUGAGACGCUUGAUAGAUCCCUGCAGGACAUAAUGGACUGUUCUUUGCCAUUUGGGGGAAAGGUUGUCGUCUUUGGUGGGGAUUUCAGGCAGGUCCUCCCCGUUGUGACACGUGGGACAAGAGCACAGAUCACGGAUGCUACACUUCUAAGAUCCUAUCUGUGGGAGAAGACCCGGAAGAUACUCCUCACGCGCAAUAUGCGAGCACAAGAUGAUCCUUGGUUCUCUGAAUACCUCCUACGGAUCGGCAAUGGAACAAAAGAGACAAUUGGCGACGACUAUGUGCGUCUCCCUGACGACAUUGUGAUCGGCUAUACCGAGGAUGAGAAAGCUAUUAACACACUCAUUGACAAUGUCUUCCCAUCGUUGCAUGCCAAUGCUAGAUCGAGAGAGUAUAUGAGCACACGUGCUAUUCUUUCCACCAAGAACGAUCAUGUCAAUGACCUGAAUGACAAGAUGAUCUCCAGGUUUCCAGGCUCAGAAAAGUUAUACCAUAGCUUCGACUCCAUCGAGGAUGACUUGCAGAAUAAUUACACGAUUGAUUUUCUAAACUCGAUCACACCAAAUGGCUUGCCCCCGCAUGUGUUGAGAUUAAAGGUUAACUGCCCGGUCAUUCUGCUCCGGAACCUCGACCCUCAUAAUGGCCUAUGCAAUGGGACAUGACUUAUGAUUAGAGCCUUCCAGGAUAAUGCAAUCGACGCAGAGAUUGUUGGUGGUCAGCAUGCUGGAAAGAGGGUCUUCAUACCUAGGAUCCCUAUGUCGCCCUCGGAGGACAUCUCACUUCCUUUCAAACUUAAGAGGAAACAGUUCCCCAUUCGCCUGAGUUUUGCGAUGACAAUUAACAAGGCGCAUGGUCAGACUAUCCCAAACGUCGGUAUUUACCUUCCCGAGCCAGUAUUCUCACAUGGUCAGCUAUAUGUUGCAUUGUCAAGGGGAGUGUCCAGAGAGACGACGCGGAUUUUGGCCAAGCCAAACAACGAGGUUGAUAAAUCUGGGAAAAGCACCAAGAACAUUGUCUAUAGAGAUGUUUUGGGGAGAUGAGGCAGGUGCGCUAUUCCGGCAUUUAUUUGCACCUUGUUAUUGUAUCUGUAACUACUUGUGGAUCUAACAUUAUUUGUUUUUAUUUGCAGGUUUAGCGAAGGAGAAUAAGCAGCAGAAGAGGAGGUAAGGUGGAUGAACACAAGGGUAUCUUCUUCGAUCGAGCAAAAGGUUUUCAAGUUUGUCAGGUGAGAAACACUGCAUAGAAAAAAGGUUGAACAGACAUUCAUGGCAGGAAGAGGUAGAGGACAAAUUGAGUGUCGAGGUACUCCGUGAGAAAGAGGAUAAAGAAAGGAGUCAGCACAUGAAGAGAGGCACCCAAAGUUAAAAUGAUACAGUCCUAAUAACAUCAACAAUCUAUCAUAGUUAUUAGCUUUUGCUAUUCACUUGCUGUUUAGCCUAUAGUUCAGCAUCAACUGAGAUUGUGCUCCACUUUUGGGCCAUCAGAUUUCCAUGUUCUGAUAAUUUACCGAAUGGGUUAUGUUUUAAUGUAACUGAUUUGGGUAUGCAACUGUUUAUGCAUAUAAUUCUGAAGAACACACAUCAUUGCUGUUAAUAAUAUAUUGUACACGACUUGCUUCUUGAUAAUGUCAAGCAUUAUUACUACUAUAUUGAACAUACGUCCAGGACAAAAGUUUGUUUUACCAGAAAAAUUUAAGCUGGUUGAAAUAACUAGCAUGUAUCUUCUCAUUGCAAAAUUUUAUUUUACACGUGAUCAGCAAUAAUAUAAUAUAAAACUUAAGUA